CUAGCCCCAACAUACUUUCCACACACAAAAGAGCUUUUAUCCAAAUUCACAGAUUGCCCAGAUGCGUUUUGGUAAGAAAGCAAAAAAUCAUUAAAGUUGUGUAAUGAUUUAAAGCUCCCAUUGAUAAAGACCAAUAGAUCAUCGACAUAACCCAAAUGAGACACUGGAUAUCCAUAGGUCCCCAUCCAAUAUGAAGUAAUGCUACCAUUCUGAAUAUGCCAAUUUAGUCCUCUAGAAAAGGCCUCAGCAGCCCAAAUAAAAAGAAAGGGUGAUAAGGGGUCACCCUGCUUCACCCAUCUCUUGGGUUUGAAAAAACCAAAAUGAGCCCCAUUUAUCAAUACAGAUAGAUGAGUGCCCUGUAUAUUAUUCAAGAUAAGCUGAACAAAUCUAGGAGAAAAACCAAAGCCUUUAAGAAUCUCAGUUAUAAACUGCCAGGACAGUCUAUCAAAAGCCUUUGCCAUGUCUAAUUUCAUCAUCACAUUACUACCUCUGAUCUUUUUGUCAAUUGAAUGCAUCAUUUCUUGAGAAAUAAGUAUUUGAUAAGCUAUGUCCCUAUUUUGCAUGAAGCCUACUUGCUCAAUAUAAAUAAGCCUAGGAAGUAUUUUAAUCAACCUAGCUGUCAACACCUUCGUGCAAACCUUGUUAACAAAAUUGGAUAAACAGAUGAGCCGAAAGUCACAGAAACUUUCUGGAUUAGGAACCUUAGGUAUCAGCACAAUUAAACUGCUAGCUAAGCCUUUUGGGAUAGAAAUUCCAAGAAAGUAUUGUUGUACCGCUCUAGUAACAUCAAUUCCCACAAUAUCCCAACAUUUCUUGAAGAAUUUUCCAUUAAAACCGUUAGGUCCCGGAGCUCCAUUUUGAUUUAAAUCCCACACCGCAGCUUUAACUUCAUCUUCAUCAGGCAAGCAUAAAAGCAUUUGAUUAUCUUCCUCAUGUACUAAUUGUGGAAUAUUUUGUAGGAUUUGAUCACAGUCCACCUCUGGCUCUACAACAUGGAGGUUAGAGAAGAAUCUAACAGCCUCCUCUCCAAUUUCAGACAAAGUUGUUAACUGAUUUCUUGCAGAACUUUUAAUAGUGCUUGUCUUGUAACUCUAGAAGAUGCUUCACGUUGUGCCCUUUUCUUCUCUCUUCUGGAUGUAACCUGAGUAAAGUUAUCAUCAUUAGUAGCAAUGGGGGAUUCAUUUGUUUGGGCUGAUACCAUGACAAGAGGGGUUGUAAUUUUCUGGAAUGUUCACCAUUUGACAAGUAUUCUAUAUUAGCAAUGGUAGGAUCAAAUUCAACUUGCUUCUUAAGGUGUCUGAUAUGGCAGUCAUCCUUAGGAUGAGAUUUCCCCAACUUUGCUUUUGGUCACCCCAGGAACAUUUGUUUGAAGCAGAAUAUGAAGUUGUUGCUUAUCAAGAUGAUCUUAUGGUCCUUCUGUAUCAAGAAAAAUUUCUUCACCAUCAGAUUCCUCCACUGCUCCAGGAGGUUUGGAUGUAGAAGGGAUGUCCUAUACAGUUGUGUGUAUCUUUUCUUUUCCUUUGUGCAGUACCAAUUGUUUAUUUGUGUUAAGACUUGUGUUCUUGGCAACCCAUUUGUCAUUGGACACCACCACAGUAGUAGUAGUAGUAGUAGGUUUAUAGAGUUUUUUCCCGAGGAGGGGUACUUUAUAAUCUUAUUUCCCGAAACAGGCAGGGACGGAGCUAUGUAUUCAAGCAAGGGGGCCAUGGCCCCUCCCAACUUUUGAUUUUUUACUUAUUAGCAUUAUGUAAUUUUUUUUGCCCCCCUCCCUCAAAUCUUAUAGGUAGUACUUAUUUGUUAGGACAUAGGACUAUUAUAUUAGUUCUUCUAGUAGUUAGUACGGUAUCUUGUUGUUACUUGGGCCGUAAAGCCCCACUUUAAUAUGGAAGCAAAUAAUUCAAAGCCCAAAAAUCAAGUAUAUUAAUUAAAAAAAAAUCCAUUGUGGACAAUAGAUGCAUCCACAAGACCUAUUAGAAUAGAGGUAAAGUAUUACGAGUACUUUUUUUGCCUUUUACCUAUUAUUUAAUAUUGAAAAUAGUUUCCUAAGUUUAUUACUAAUUCAUUAUUGACUAGCAAGUCUAGUAUACUUAGUUAAGUUGUUUACCUUUUUUAUUUUUAGAUAUUUG